CUGUUGAUAUUUUCUAUUUUUUUGCGUGCUGUCAUUUCACUUCCCCCCCUCCAUAUUAUCACAUGAACAAAAGCUGAUGGGGAAAGAGAAAGAGAGAGGGGGGAAAAGUAAAAAAAAUGCGCAGCUUUGAGCCGCUUUGAGCCUCAUUCAGUUGACGUCUAGACGGAAGUGUGUCGCGUGAGUUUUCUCUUCGGGAUCUCGAAGAACUGAGUAGUGAUGGCAGAGAGAGGCGGUGUUCCGGCGGCGCGGGCGGUACUUCAGCAGUGUCUGCAGGCGACGCUGCAGGUGAAGCCACCGGAGGAGCUCUCGGAGGCUCAGUAUGUCCAGAUCCACAGAGGAAUGGUGAUCUAUAUCUGCUUCUUCAAAGGAGCCUCGGAGGACAUGCUGCCCAAGAUGGUGUCCGCACUGUUAAACCUGCGGCUGUGCGAAUCCGACUCGGGGAAGAUGGUGUCGGUGUCGGAGCUGCCCGGCAGCCUGCUGAUCGUCCCCCAGGCCACACUGGGCGGGAAGGCCAAAGGCCGAGCAGUGCAGUACCACGACAACAUUGGCAAGGAGGCCGGACAGCGGCUCUACGGCACCUUCGUGUCCCUGUGCGAGGAGCAGCUGGCGCUGGCGGUGGCGGCAGCGGCGACGGGCCAAGUGACGGUGAAACACGGGACGUACGGGAACAGACAGGUGCUGAAGCUCAACACCAACGGGCCCUACACGCACCUCAUGGACUUUUGAGGACAGCUGGGGGUCAGCCGGGAGGUCAACACGUCUACCAACAAGGCCCGAUACGGCCCCGAAGACUUCAUGUUUUUGAUCUGAUUCAUACAUUGGUGAUGAAAAAAACAUUGAAAUAUGUCACAGUUGUUUUUUGUUUUUUUCAGUAAAUAGAAUACAGAAGUCUCAAAUGUGCAUGACAACAUUAAAACUGAAAUUACAGAAGAUUUGGAGUCUUCAAAAAUGUAGAAGAACUGUAGCUCAUAAAAACACCACCUGCUAAAUGCAAAGUGUCAUCUCUUAACCUUAGUGGAGGAGCAAGAGAGAUUUACAGAAGGUUUAAACAUGGCAAUGGCCCCCAAUGCACAACAGAAAUAAUAAUAAUAAUGAUAUUAUAUAUUUAUUUAUUUAUGUAUAUUCUUUGUUGUUGUCAGAGAGUAUUUUGCUUCUUUUACUUAAGUAAAGCGUCUGAGUACUAGUUGUUUGUGAUCCAGGGUGUCAUGUGACCUCCGGGCCAGCAGGGGCGCUCGGUUGCGUUUCAGGGACCGGAAAUAAGCAGCAUUCAGUAAACUUGGGUGACAGCAGCUUUUACAACCUGCGUCAAACCCGUUUAUCUGUAAAGGCAGCAGUAAGCGCGAGCAAUGCUACUUCCGGUUACUCGUUUCGACAACAAAAUAAAAGUACGAAUGUCAGGAAAUACAUAAAUAUAUAAUAUAAACAUUUA